AUGCACCCGGAUUCCCAACUCGAGACCGCCGUCAAAAACGGCUUUGACCCAAAGAGCCUCUACAGUACAGAGUUGACGAAGGUCAAUGAGCCAGCGAGAACGAUUCUCGAGCAAUACAGCAAGAUUCCGGCGGAGAAGAUUUUGCAACAUGUGAAAGAUUUGAAAGAUCGUGCCUUUGAAGUUUUCCCUUAUGCCUGUAUUGGACAAGCCUCAUUCCUUGAGCUGAGCAUCGCAUCGUCCCCAUGUUAUCCUGAGAUGCUUGACCGUGUCAAGAAGGGAGACAGACUACUUGACCUGGGAUGUGCAUUUGGACAGGAACUGCGACAAUUGAUCUAUGACGGCGCCCCGUCGCAAAAUCUGUAUGGAACGGACCUUCGUCCUGAGUUCCUUGAGCUUGGCCUUGACUUGUUCCUGGAUCGCUCAUUUAUCAAGUCCCAUUUCAUCGAUGCCGAUGUCCUCGAUGAUAAAUCUGCUCUCGUUACUCAGCUGACAGGCGAGCUCAACAUUGUCUAUAUCUCCCUUUUCCUUCAUGUCUUUGACUUUGAAACACAAAUCAAGGUAGCCAAGAGGGUACUUGAUUUGCUUGCCCCGAAGGCCGGUUCACUCAUCGUGUGUCGGGUUGUGGCCUGUCGGGACCAAGCGAUAGCGAACGCCACCAACGCGCGCCUGCCAUAUUAUUACCAUGACUUGGCUAGUUGGAACCGGCUGUGGGAGCGUGUGCAGGAAGAAACGGGGCUAAAGCUAAAGGUCGACAACUGGGAACAGGAUGAUGCUUUGGCAAAGAAGCAUCCUCUAGAGGGCAUCUAUAUGCUGGGUUCAUCGAUUCGCCGGGAGUAG